AUGGAACAAAAUUCUGUCAAUAAGAUUCCUUUAUGGCUGGAAGAACUGACCAAGAGCCUAGCCAAACCAAGACCACAGUCCUGGCGUCCUGGAGCCAAUGGGGAGAGGAUUGAUGUUUCGGAACGUCGAGCUAUUACUACUCCUGGCCGAGUAGAUGUUACACCAGUGAAGAAGUCACUUCUCACACUUCAACUAGAUGAUACUGUCUGUGUCUCGCCUAGAAGGGAAGGGUCAGCUAGGUAUGGCCGCAGAGCUGCGGCCAAUUCCCCACUGUCUUCUCCCGACUCUGACGCUAGAAACCUAUUGGAUUCAUGGGAUCUUCCACUUACACAAAAUCAUAAUCGAGACAACAAUCAUCAACUAACAACUCCAAGAAUUGAACACAACCGCGUUAUAAACCCAGAUGACAUUAGUUCCAACAACAUCCAGUUCAACAAUCAAGAGACAGACUUGUCUGAUAUCAUGCAGGCAAGUCCAAGGUUAAAAGGCAGGCUCUCCCGGCAAGAGUCAAGGGUGAGACAUAGCGAUGAUGUGCUCGAAGAGUCUUGGAGUUCAUUGAGCUUCUUCAACCAUAAACAUCGUGGGAGAAUCUCCCAGAGGCCAGAAGUUGCAGAAGACUUGUUGAUCCAGGGGGAGCUCUCUGAGGUACAAGUGGACAGGAGUCCCGCAGUAAUACCCAAAGUGUCUUUUCCACCUCCGGCCAGCUUCAUGAUCCCGGAGCUUCCCUCAGGCACCAGACUUGAGCUGGACAUAACCUCUACGUGGGGCGACAGACAUUACGUUGGACUCAACGGAUUGGAGAUGUUUACUGUGAGCGGUCGGUUGGCACGAGUAGCUCAGAUAACAGCAGAUCCGGCAGACAUCAACGUGCUGCCUGAGUACGAUAAAGACCCUCGUGUUGUGUCCAACCUGCUUGAUCGGGUAAAUAGGACGAGAGACGACAUGCACUUGUGGCUCACUCCGUUCACUGAAGGCAAACACCACCGCAUCACCAUCACCUUCCAGCAACGUGAGACACUGGCCAUGCUGCGGAUCUGGAACUACAACAAAUCGCGCAUCCACUCUUAUCGUGGUGCCAAGGACAUGACAGUCGUACUAGACGGUCAGCUUAUAUUUCAAGGAGAAGUUGCUCGGGCAUGCGGCGGAAUCCUUGGGAGCACUGAUGCAUUUGGAGAUACGAUCUUGUUCACAACGGAUGAAGACAUCUUGGAGCGGGUGUCUCAGCAUGAUGAUGCGUUUGAGAGCAUCUUGAAUGACACGAGUCACGAGCCGAUGUUUUCAAAGAUGCCAGAACGGCCUCUUACAGCCAGUCUGGGUGAUGUACGGCCCCUCACCUGUGCUCCGGCCGGAAGUACGCUGACUACGGGAUCAGUGAUGUGUCGGAGGUCGCUCACACUCUCAUUGGUAGAAAACUGGGGUUACAACGGCCUUGUGGGCCUGACUGGUGUACAGGUCCUAGGAGAGACUGGAGAACCAGUGAGUGUUGCCAAAAUAACAUGUUCUCACAGCCCUGCCAACGCACAUAUACACAGGCUGCUAGACGGAGUUAACGACACGACAGACUCGUCCCACAUGUGGUCUUGCCCCUCCACCCCUCCCCCCUCGCUACGGCUCUCUCUCCCUUCGCCUCUCCACAUCUGCGCCAUCCUGGUGUGGAACUACAACCAUUCGGCUGAUACGUCCUACUGCGGUGUGAAGAGACUAUUGGUCCGCCUUGACAACUCUGAGCCGUUGAUGUUCACACUUCGAAAGUCUCCGGGUCAUCGCCAUCACAGACUAGCACAGGUCCUACCUCUUGUGGCGUCUAGGUGUGAGUCCUCUCUCGACAUCAUCGAUAAUCUUGAGUUAUGUAUAAUGCUGUAUAUGUCUACAGUAGGUCUGACACUGGACUAUGAGCCCCCAGAGUUGCCACAGGGCUUUGUGUUCCAACUACAGUUGCUGUCUACCUGGGGAGAUCUCUACUACAUUGGUCUCAAUGGUCUACAGAUGUAUAAUGCUGCUGGCAAUGUCAUCACUCUCACACCUUCUAAUAUCAGUGCUCAUCCGGCAAGUGUGAGAGAGUUGGAUGGAAUGGAGAACGACGUGAGGACGGUUGAUAAACUGAUCGAUGGUGUCAACAACUCCAGCGACGGCAGACAUGCUUGGCUCGCACCCAUACUGCCUGGACAGCUGAACAGAGUGUACAUUGUGUUUGACAGUCCUGUAGCAGUGUCUGUCAUCAAAAUUUGGAACUACACUAAGACGCCAUCUCGUGGAGUCAAGGAGUUUGGGAUCCUGGUGGAUGAUUUGCUAAUUUACAACGGAGUCUUGGAAACUAUUGUUGGAAGUGUCUCAAAUGUUCACACAGUCAGUUUUACCCAUCGACAUGUAAACUACAGCUUGAGCGGUGGAAAGGAGCAAGACCGAUUGUCAAGUAUCACACCUGACCAAUCUCAACGUCCAUUUACCUCCAUCCAAACGUGACAUGGUCGUAAUCCCUGUAACAGUUAUAAUUAUUAUGAAGUUUCCCAUAAAAUUGUG